ACUCCUUCGCUUCUGUUUAUUUUGAAGUUUUCAUUUCGAAAAUAUGUGAUUAUUUGAAAAUAAGACGAAUCUAGGCGUAACAAUUGCAGCAUGGAAAUCGAAACAAUAACGUUAGAGCCGUGGAUGUGUAGGAUUUGCUUGGAAAAGGAGGGCAGUUACAACAUCUUUAAAGAUUGGCUCGGAUCAUCGCAUCCACUUUCACUUUCGCUUACAACGGUUUGUCAAGGACAACCUUGUCAACAGUCCAGCGCCAAUUCCGUUCCGAUAAUCGAUGCACUCAAUUGCUUCAGUCAGUUUCAGGUUUCUCAAUCGGAAAUCGAAAAUGAACCGAUGAUGUUGUGUGAAAAUUGCAGCAGUCAGUUGUUGCAGUGCUAUCUUUUUCGUAAGAAAGUUCAAGAUGCCGAAUGCCUGCUGCGCAGAGAUUUUAUAGAGGUUGACACUGGUAAAAAUGAAGAAUUCAAACAAGAGGAUGAAGGUAGCUCAGGACUUACGCAGCAGUUUGAAGAUAUUAAUCCAUAUUUGAGUCAUGAUAUGAAUUUAGAAGAAAUACCGUCCAACGAUGCAGAACAAGAAAAACAAGACGUAGUUAUAAAACACACGUAUAAUAAGGUCCACCAUGCUAAACCACGCUUCCAGUUAACAAAUCAAGUAAGCAACAUUUUGCGCCAUGUAACUGCCAGCAAAAGUCGUUUGAAUUCUUUGAAUGAAAAACGUAAAGAAUCAAGUAUAGUUUCCUCUACACCAAAAAAGAUGAAGAAGAUACAUACUUCCGCAAGCGACCCACUGGAGAAAACUUUAGUUAUUCCAAGUUACGUUUUCACAAGCGAAAUAGAAGAUGCACAUGAAAAGCAUGUGCUUCGCGUGGAAGGUACUUCAAUUUCUGCGUCAUGUCAAAUUCCUAGUGACAAAGACGUUGAUCGGAAGCAGUCUAGCAAUACGAUAUUCUACUGUAAGCAUUGUCCGAAAGCAUUUUCGGCACCUUACCACCUCUUGGUUCAUACCAGGAGUAGUCAUCUCUGUCAACACUGUUUGCAACUUUUUUCCAACGUAUCAGCAAGAAAUAAGCACAUUCGUGAUGAACAUAAAUUAUUUCGUUGUUCACUGUGUGACUUCCAGUCUCAGUACGUUACCAAUUUAAGGACACAUUUACGAAAAGCUCAUUCCGUGUGCUUGCCAGCGCACGUUUCUAUUCUGCAGAAAAGGGAGGAUACGUAAGUACACAAAUUGCCAUUGCUACUAG